UUAGAUACCCAGUCAGUGCAGAGCAGGAGCAGGAGCACAGGCAGUGGAUGGGAGAGGAGGAGGAGGAGGAGAAGCAUUGACUGGAAGGCGGCGUACACAUGGAGGAGAAGAAGACGACUGUUUCCUGUGCUCAGUGUGCACGGCGGAGACGGCGGACUGUGUGUUUGGAUUGUUAGGUCGUCUGCAGCUCCACAGUCGGAGGAGGCAGAGGCAGAGGGAUAAAGGCUCUGUGUGCAGAGGAUGAACACACGAUGUGGGCUCUCUGGCUGUGAUCGCUGUCCUCAGACCCUGUAGCCACUUGCACUGGUGCUGUUGCCAUUAGCCCUCGCAGUUAGGCAGCAGUGACUGACAACAGGAUGAGCUCCAAGCACUCCUCAGACUGGAUCCCCUACAGCACUUUAGAUGACGAGGGCACCAACCUCCGGCAGCAGAAACUGGACAGACAGCGAGCGCUCCUGGAGCAGAAGCAGAAGAAGAAGCGUCAGGAGCCCCUGAUGGUGCAGUCGACCGUGGACGGCAGAUCCCGCGCUCGCCGCACCAAGCAGAGCGAGGAGCAGGCGCCGCUGGUGGAGUCGUACCUGAGCAGCAACAGCAGCACCAUCUACCACGUGCAAGAAGCCGAACAGGAGGAGGUGAAGGUGACAGCGGACGCGCAGCCGCCUCGCUCGGCCAAAAAGGGCAAAGCGUCGGCCAGCUCCACUCCGCAGACGGGCAGCGACAAGAAGGAGAGGAGGGGGAAGCACAAAGCGAUCGACGGCCUUGGCUCCCAGUCGGAUGACGGCCAGAUCCAGAUCCUGACCGUGGGCCAUUCCACGGCGGACGACAGCGAGGGGGAGCCCGUCAUGAGCUGCACCCAGUCGCACAGCAAACAGGACCUGCGCGUCACCAUGCUCAAGAAAGGUAUAUCCAGCAGUAUGAAUUUUGACGAAGAAGAGGACGACGAAGACGAGAUCAGCUCCAGUUCCUCGCAGCUCAACAGCAACACGAGGCCGGGCUCUGCCACCAGCAAGAAGUCGUGCAAGGAGGUGGCCUCAGCACCCACCCCGCCAGUCAACGAACCCUCCAUCGACGUGGACGACCUUGAAGAGUUCUCCCUGAGACCCGCGCCGCAGGGGGUCCGAGUGAAGUGCAGAAUCACCCGGGACAAGAAGGGCAUGGACAGAGGCAUGUAUCCCACCUACUACCUUCACCUGGAGAGGGAGGACGGCAAGAAGGUAUUUUUGUUAGCUGGCAGGAAGAGGAAAAAGAGUAAGACAUCUAAUUAUCUCAUAUCCAUUGAUCCCACUGAUUUGUCCAGAGGAGGCGAGAGUUUCAUUGGUAAACUGAGGUCUAACCUGAUGGGAACCAAGUUUACCGUCUAUGACAGCGGCCUGAACCCCAUGAAGAGCACCACCAGUCUUGAAGCGAGCAAUCUGCGUCAAGAACUCGCCGCCAUUUGCUACGAAACCAACGUCUUAGGAUUCAAAGGACCUCGCAAAAUGAGCGUUAUCAUUCCUGGGAUGAACAUGGACCACGAGAGAGUGUCCAUCCGCCCCAGAAACGACCACGAGUCCCUGCUGGCCAGGUGGCAGAACAAAAACACGGAGAGCGUGAUCGAGCUCCACAACAAGACGCCCGUGUGGAACGACGACACGCAAUCCUACGUCCUCAACUUCCACGGCAGAGUCACGCAGGCGUCCGUCAAGAAUUUCCAAAUCAUCCACGAUAAUGACCCCGACUAUAUUGUGAUGCAGUUCGGCCGUGUGGCGGAAGACGUCUUCACCAUGGACUAUAACUACCCCAUGUGCGCCCUGCAAGCCUUUGCCAUCGCCCUCUCGAGCUUCGACAGCAAGUUGGCCUGUGAAUAGAUCCCCAGCCUGAGAUUGAGAACCGCGCGUUCACCUGUCCUCAAAACAAGGGCUGUUAUCGUUUCCCCGGGAUGGGACGAACCCCCUUUCUCCUUGGAAGCACUGCAUUUCCCAAAAUGCUUCACGGGCCUCAAAUUUUACAUGUAUGUGUGUGUGUGUAUUUGGGGGCGGGACUUCAAAGCAAAAGAAGCACAAAGAGAAAAAAAAAAAAUCCACUUUCAAGAAUUCUAACCCAUUGGUUUUGGUAACUCUCGUCCUUUUGUACUGUAACGGCAUUAACAGUCAAACACUGUUCAUUCAUGUAGUAGUGGGAGGAGUUUAACCUUUCUUUAUCUGUAUAAUAUUAUAACUAACAGCUCCACGUCUGUGAGUUCUGAAGAGGUGACUGGAUUUUAUAUAGCCUGCAAAACACACUUCCUACAAGCAUGAACACUUAUACAGUUACCUGUGUGGUAAGAAAAAAACAAAAAAGAUAAUAACAUGCAUGUUACGCUAUAUUUAUUUUGUUAUUUAUGUAUUUAUUACAUGUUCAUUUAGCAUCCGUCAGUAUUGGCUCUGCAGAGCUGCAAGCACACACACACACACACACACACACAGUAUCAGUCAUGGAACCGGGGGGGGGGCAGAGGUCGCACUGUGUUGUGUACCGUAUAUACGAUAUCGUGCCAGUGUCAUGUUAUAGUGAAUGUAUCGACGAUGACGAGGGUGCACUUUACUUUGAAGUCUGUCGUGGGAGAGAUAAUCACAGCUGUACAUACAUUAUUGUGCCUUUGAAGACUAACUCCAGUGUUACGCUGUGGCAGGAAGUGGAAGUGCUCCGUCUCGUCACAUGCAAAUGUUCCUCUUGUAGCUGCUUUGAAUUAAAAGGGUCAAAGGUGACUGGGGUAACCCUAACCCACGGAGGCCGACGGGGUCGCAGCGGCGCCACGAGAUGAAUGCUGAUCGACGCUUAAAUGACAUUUAAAAGAAAACAACAACAACAACAACUUCCACACUGAUUGAUUGACCACAGCGAACACACAUUUCAUCUCUGAUUAUUUCUACAUUCCUCGUCUGACCGGCCGUACGUUCCCUCCAUCACUUGUUUUAUCGCCGUUCAUGUUUUUACUUCAUAUAUUAUUCCCGCUCCCAGUAUACUUUCUCAAAUAUACUAUGGUAUUUUGUAUUUUAUGACCAUUUAAAAAAAAACAAACGACUGAAAGAAGGCAAAGAACAAUCUCUGAUACCGCUAUUGUUACUGUGGUUUACGAGGAAAUCUUUAUCAAAAAUGUGCUAUUCUUGUACUCAGCUGUGUUCUAUUAACUAUUUUAAAUUUCUAUUUGAAAAAAACAAAAAACACAAAACAAACGUUAAUACUCUUGCUGUAAAGUCUGCUUUUCAUACAUGUGUCCAGGAGCCAAAACCCUCUUUCAUUUUCUGUUUCUAUUGCUCUCGUUGUUAUGUACAUUAAAUGGUGUACAAUUUACUGUGGUGGUAUAGACACGAUCCUUUGACCAUGGAAAAAAAAUAAAAACUCUCUAAGUCAA